UGACUUUAAAUGAAUCUUUUCUCGUGACUCAUGAUGAACUCAACUCUAAAGCUGAAGAAUUUUUCUGGGAGAGUCAUGUUGAAGAAUCUGGAAAUCUGUGAUUUUCUUCCCAUCUAACAUUCUGCAUGCAUGAUAAAGCUCAGUUAAGUCGAAAUUGACCAGACCAAGUGUUUUUUUAAUGACAUAACAAGAUCUUGCUAUUAUUUCAAAGCAAUUAAUGCAAGAGCUCAGUUCACAACUAUUUUAUCAGCUGAAAAAACAACGUACUUACAUCUAGUGAAAGCAGAUUAGCCACAAGUCAUACAGCCUAGCCUAUAAGUCUCUUCUGAGAGAAAUCUCUGGGAUUUUUUUUAACAUUGGACAGACCAGAAAGAAAGGAUUGAUGCUAUUACUUCUAUUCUGCACUCAAGAACUAAACUGUAAUUGGAACUGGACCCUGGGGUCAACACACAAGCGUCUGGAUGAAUGAGUGGGUGGGCCCUGACGUCAAUGUGGUGGGACCUUUGCAGAUCCCACCCAGUGAUGGGUUCCCCAUGCCAGAGAGCUCCCAUUUUUUUGAUAUUCUGGCAGAGCACAGCAGCCCUCUGCUUCAGGAGGUCCAAGAGGUGUUGCCUUUUGCCAGCUAUCCCAGCAUGCAGUACUCCGCAGUGGAGCAGUCCAUGUCAUCUCCGUCAUACUACUCCAACCAAAACUACUUCCCCCAGUACAGCCCAGAGGAGUGGUACACACCAUCCGCUAUGCUGGAGCUGAGGAAAGGCCCGUUGGAAGGGGGCUUCAGCACAGAGAUGGAGCAACCAUCCCCCAUUGUUCCCACUGUGUACAAAAGACCCAGACAUGCUGCCCACUCUGGAAGGGUCAAAGGGGAAGAACUAUGUGUGGUGUGUGGGGACAAAGCCUCGGGAUACCACUACAACGCUCUCACGUGUGAAGGAUGUAAAGGGUUUUUCAGAAGGAGUAUAACCAAGAAUGCAGUGUAUAAGUGUAAGAGUGGAGGGAACUGUGAGAUGGACAUGUACAUGCGCAGAAAGUGUCAAGAGUGCCGACUCCGGAAGUGCAAAGAGAUGGGCAUGCUGGCAGAGUGUUUGCUAACAGAGAUUCAGUGCAAAUCCAAAAGGCUAAGGAAAAACACCAAGACCUCACUAGAAGAUGGCACAGGAGACGAUACAGAGGUGGGAGACAGUGGGGAUGCUAAACAGGUCACAUCUACAACCAAAACGUUUAAAGAAAAAGUGGAGUUCAGUCAAGAGCAGCAGGCUUUACUAAAUUACAUUGUUGAGGCAUACAACAAACAUCGUGUCCCUCAGGAUAUGACCAAGAAACUGCUGCAAGAGCACUUCAGUGCAGAGGAAAAUUUCCUGCUGUUGACAGAGAUGGCAACAAGCCACGUCCAGGUUCUGGUAGAGUUCACUAAAAACAUCCCAGGUUUCCAGUCUCUGGACCAUGAAGAUCAGAUUGCUCUACUGAAGGGUUCAGCGGUGGAGGCCAUGUUCCUGCGUUCUGCUGAAGUCUUAACCAAGAAAAGGCCUCAGGGACAGACAGAGGUGCUGGAGGAGCGCAUAAGAAAAAGCGGCAUAUCAGAAGAGUUUAUCACCCCUAUGUUCAACUUCUAUAAGACUAUUGGUGGGCUGCAGAUGAGGCAAGAGGAACAUGCGCUCCUCACGGCCAUCACCAUUCUGUCCUCAGACCGGCCGUAUGUGAAGAACCAGCAGGCGGUGGAGCGACUGCAGGAGCCCAUGCUGGAGGUGCUGUGGAAGUUCUGCAAGCUUCACCACCCUCAAGAGCCCCAGCAGUUCGCCCGGCUGCUGGGCCGUCUGACCGAACUGCGCACCCUCAAUCAUCAGCACGCUGAGAUGCUGGAGUCGUGGCGCAUGAGUGACCACAAGUUCAACCCCCUGCUCUGUGAAGUCUGGGAUGUACAGUGACAUUAGAAAGAGAAAUCCCAAAGACUUUUUCAAUGCUGCCAAGGAGAUGGUCUGAUUUCUUACAGCGCUAACUUGUUGAGAUUGAACAUGUGGCUCUAAUACAGAGCAUGAGCAUGUUGUCGAGCCUGUAUUAUACAGUUCAGCAGUGACUGUAGGAUAGGUUGAAUGGUCAUCCCUGAAUGUCUUCCAACAGUUAGAUGAAUGAGAUUUGUAAGAGAUAAUCAAUAAAUAAAUGCCAUUAUUAAUGUUUGUGUGGACUCAUAGACAGUGAAGGAAAUGUAUCAUAUAUUUUAUGAGAUUUAAGUCUAUCUAACGAUGCCUCAUGAAAUGUUCCUAUGUUGUAAAAAGCAACUUGAGUUUUCAAAAAGUGUAAAAUGUAGUACUGAAAAAAGUAACAAAGUAGGUUUUCACAUGAAAUGUGACAAAUACAAGGUGAUGCAUCAAGUUUCUGAUUCUGUGAAAAUCCUUUGGCACAAUAAUCCUUCCUUUUAAAGUACUUGAAUUACAGAAAUUACACCGUAUUAACGAACACCUUCAAUUAGGAUUAGAAUUAGCUCCCCUAUUGCUCUUAGUAAUAAACACGUUUUAGAGAGUUGAUCCUAUUCAGCUCAUGACUUUGAGAUCAGCCCUUACCUGGAAAAGGGUGGUUAAAAAUACAGGUUUCUUAAACUGCAAAUGCAUUAUAGAAGGAAGCAAGCCUAUGAAGUAAUCCCUAAUGUGCAUGACAAAAUGGAAGUCUUUUGUUUUUUAACACAUCUGUUCUUCAAAGCGGUCACUUACUUUUCCAGGCAGAUAACAUUCUGCAGAAAUUCUUUUGGAAAGUAAUGGUCCAAUGAAUAUGUUAAGUGAUAUUGAGACUAAUAAAAUGCUGUUUUACUAUGAA